AUCGACGUGAGAUUCGCCACGGUGUUGAUGAACGCAAAGGUGUCGAAGUCAAGCGCGAAGAUCGACACCCAUGCAAAGAUGGAGAAGAGAAAGCCAAGACCAAAGCACACACCGAAGCCCAUGAGGCGCUGCUCAAAGCUGAGCGAGGGGCACAUGCUCUCUCCCGCUUCCUCCUCCUGUGCGUCGCCCUGGCCGCCGGUGAGCGGCACACUGGAGGCCGCGCUGUACAAACCGUCCACAUUGACGUACGUCGACAUGUGUCACCGCUACAACUGGAGUCUCCCCCUCUCUUUCUCUGUCGCUGGUGCAAUUCAAGUACCUCGCUAG